AUGCAGAACGGGGAGGCUAUGAGCCCACAGGACUCCAAGGCAGCAGGGGCCGAGGCCAUGGAGGACCAAAAGGCCCAGAACCAGAGCCAGAAUCAGGGGUGUGUGGAGCCCACAGCGCCUCCGCUUCCCCCUCCUUCACCGCCACCGCCAGGGCCACAUGAAUACCCGAGACCUAGGCUCAUCUUCCACACCCAGCUGGCUCAUGGGAGUCCCACAGGCCGCAUUCACGGAUUCACCAACGUGAAGGAGCUGUACGCCAAGAUCGCUGAAGUAUUCAACAUCUCCCCCUCGGAGAUCCUGUUCUGCACCCUCAACUCUCAUAAAGUGGACAUGCAGAAGCUACUGGGAGGGCAGAUCGGACUGGAAGACUUCAUCUUCGCUCACGUCAGAGGGGAGACCAAGGAGGUGGAGGUGACAAAGACGGAAGACGCAUUGGGCCUCACUAUCACAGACAACGGAGCUGGAUAUGCUUUCAUCAAGAGGAUAAAGGAAGGCAGCACCAUAGACCAACUGAAGACAGUAUGCGUUGGUGACCACAUCGAGGCCAUCAACGACCAGAGCAUUGUAGGCUGUCGACACUACGAGGUGGCCAAGAUGCUAAAAGAGCAACCACGAGGCGUACCCUUCACUCUCCGCCUGGUGGGGCCCAAGAAGGCCUUCGACAUGAUUGGUAUGAGGACCAGAGCGCCAAAAUCUACUGAGGGCAAGAUGGUCAAUGGGAAGGAGACGCUGCGUCUUCGCUCCAAGGGUGCUGCUACAGUUCAAGAAGUGCAGAAUGAGUUUGAAGAACGGGCCACCAAGAAAGUGGACGACCUGCUGGAGAGCUACAUGGGCAUCAGAGAUCUGGAACUGGCGACCACCAUCGUGGAAGCGGGCAAAGACAAGAAGAACCCUGAUGACUUUGCAGAGGCCCUCGACUCAGUUCUGGGAGAUUUUGCUUUCCCUGAUGUGUUUUUGUUUGAUGUAUGGGGUGCUAUUGGCGACGUCAAGAAUGGUAUAAUGUAGACAUUUACCAUAACAGCUAGAGAGAGACCGACAGCGAGAGAGAGCUCUGUCCUCUGGUACAUCCACCCGGGAAAAGAAGAAUGUGUAGAAGCUUUUGAUUUUGAAUCACUUUCUUUAAAACCAUGACAGGGACUGCAAUUAAUUCAACAAUUUCUCCUUUGAACAGUCAAAUUACAAUAAUUUGCCUAUAAGAAGAUCAUCACUCUAAAUGUUUUCCUGAAUUUUGACAAAUCUUUACAAUAAACACAAAACACAGACAUUUGCAGUGCGGUCUUUAAUUUACAUUUGUUCUGAAAUCAAAGAUUGAAAUUGACGGUGUAGGCAAUUAGCUGAUGAUUUUGCUCGGGAAAAACAGUGGCAGUAAAAGCAAAGAGUACAGAAACAAAGCCACCAUUUUGGACUGAAAAAUG